UUAUGUACAGUGAAUGUGUAGUUCGUUUAUCGAGUAUCUAAUUAUUCUGCAUUCCUCCACAUGUUCCUCCCUUGACUGCAAUCUCACCUGGUGGUAAGUGAAGAUGCAGCCUAGUAGGUCAUAUACACUUGGGAAAUGGAUUUCAAUCGUAGUUUACUCGCCGCCGCGACGGUUCUAGUGCCCAAGAAGCCUACCGCGUCGCCUACCUCGUCGAUAAUGCCAGUGUGGGCUCACAACUCCUGGGUCUGCCUCUUCGCUGCCAUGCUGACUGUUGCUAUUGGCGGGAACGCUAUUGUUAUAUGGAUUGUUACGGCUCAUCGACGCAUGCGGACGGUGACGAACUAUUUUCUGGUGAACCUCUCCUUCGCUGAUCUGAUGAUGGCAUCGCUCAAUUGCCUGUUCAACUUUAUCUACAUGCUGCACAGCGACUGGGUGUUCGGGGUGCGCUACUGUCAGCUCAGCAACUUUAUUGCGAACGUGACCGUAGCAGCCAGCGUGUUUACUCUCACUGGGAUAUCUUUUGACAGGUACCAAGCGAUCGUGAGACCAAUGCGGCCGAGGAUGUCGAAGACGUGUUCUCUAAUCAUGAUCGCCGGGAUUUGGGUGAGCGGGAUGCUUCUAGCCGUGCCCUGUUUACUAUACUCUACAACUAAGGAAUACCGAUCGAAAGGGACUUUAAAAACUGCAUGCCUGCUGUCGUGGCCCGAUGGUUUACCUGACGUCUCUUACAUGGAUUUUGUGUACCAAGUGUUGUUCUUCGUGGUCACAUACGCGGUGCCAAUGCUUGGGAUGACGUUCUUCUACUCAGCCAUGGGGAGAGUGCUAUGGGGUUCCCGGUCCAUCGGCGAACUGACUCAGAGGCAAGCCGACUCGAUACGCUCCAAAAGAAAGGUCGUAAAGAUGUUUAUCCUCGUGAUAGUCAUUUUCGGUAUCUGCUGGCUGCCGUACCACUCGUACUUCAUCUACACCCACUUCAACCCAUCGAUUAUGUACAUGAAAUACAUCCAGCAUAUCUACCUGGGGUUCUACUGGUUAGCAAUGGCCAACGCUAUGGUCAACCCCAUUAUUUACUACUGGAUGAAUGCUAAGUUUAGGUCGUACUUUCGAACAGCGAUCCUCUGCAGGUGGAGGGACACUUGCUUCCGCAGAAAAAGGCCGUUGCCGGAGUCGCCACCGGAAUACGUCUCCCAGUCGGGCAGCAGAUCCCGAUCAGGUGUCGAGGAGCCCAGAAAUUUAAGAGGAAAUGCAGCAGUCGCAUGGCCGCGCUCGUCGUGUCAGGAGGUCGGCCCGCGGUCGCAGAGACCGCCUUUGCUUGCUAGCUGUCCUCGGUGCCGGACGAAAUAUGAUGCGUUCAUCCACGGGCGUAAAGUGUAAAUUUAGGAAAGACAUUUCGUAGUUAGGCUGUACAAUUAUAACGUGAAGUAAAUUCAUUAAAAUAUAUUUAAUAGGGUAAACCAACUUGUUCAAGUAGUUAGCAUGUUAAGAUUCGGUUCACGUGGUCCGACGAAAAAAACUUAUUACGUAACUAUUGAGUUUUCUGCCAAAAGUACUAAGUGAUUUCAUACGAAGGUCUUUAAUACAGCAAACGAUCAUAUAAACUGGUAUCCUUAGUUUUUACUUAAAAUAAUAAUUUAAAAAGGAGUUCGUAGUGCUUCUCAUUACCAGCUCUUUGUAAAGAAAUUGGUGUUGUUUACUUUCAUAACCUGGAUAGCACUUUAAUCAGUGGAAGUUUUUAUUACCACACGUAAUAAUCUCAAAGUCUGCCAGCCCGCAAUUGAGCAGUGUAGCGGUUCUAAUCUGUGCAUAAAUCCCUCUCUUCUAUCGAGGAGUUCCAGUAGUGGUACGUUAAUAGGCUGGUUGUGAUAAUGAACCUUGUUAUCAAACUAGCAAUACCCUUAAGCAAAAACCAUCAGUAAAAACUAUAGAAUUCAAAGCCACAAGUGAUCUCAAAUCGUGCAUAGGUAUUCAAUAACCGUUGUCAAAGGACUUUCGCCUUAUCAUGUCAUCAUCGUUGCCUUUACGGGCCCGGGCCUGCUCUAGUAAAUUCCUAUCCAUGGGCCCCUAAUAACGCAUUCCAAUAAGUGUUACGUGGCGUUCGUCACGACGCAACUUUAGCCAAAUAAAUCCUUGUCAGCCCAAUAAGCUGUGACGCUAUGAACUUUUUUGGUUCACUAACUUUUCAUGUGUGCUGGACAUAUUUGGCUCGCAACUUUUAAUUCGUAACUAUAUCUAACACACCACAAACUUUUCAAUGCCGUAGUCCUGCUCAAACUAACGUAAGCUACUUUGGGUUUCAUUCUCAUUAUUCUCAGCCAAUUAAUGUCCCACUGCUGGUACAGAUUUUCUUUCUCAAAAACAGAGAGAUUAUAGCUUUGGUCCUCAAUGGAGCUUCAUUGAGUAUAUGUCGUGUAAGGGUUUUUAUAUUGUACGCUAUUGUACUGAUAUGUUAUCUCCGGUGUUUUUUCUCAAGUAGACUACUCGUGUUCCCUUAUUUCUGACAAAAAUGUUCAGUAACAAGGAUAUAUAUAUAGGUCGGUUUACCCUAUACCUUAUUGUUAUUGUCUUAAAAGACCAUUUUUACUAUUGAAACUAUUGUAGUCGUGUAUAUUAAUAAAUAUAUAAGUAUUUUUUUUGGGAGUAUGCCUAAUAACUUAGUAGUCAGGCAAAAUCGAAAAGAAAUUUGCGUAAGGUUUACUUUUUUUUGUAUAUAUAUUUGUCUUAAAAGACGUUCUACUUAAUGUUUAGGAAGAAGGAAGAAUCAAGACAUUAGUCGGUGUGAAAUUUAAGAUUUACGGUAAAUAUAAAUUUAUUAAGAACCUUUGCGGAAAUAAUGUUUUCACGCGCGUUCUGAUAACGCGGGUACACCGCGCGUGAAAGGGUCGUAUGUAAAGGCUUUAAAACUAUGUUAGAAAUAGUAAAAGACCCUGCAGAGUAGGAGGCAUUAAAAAAUUUGCGUGCUGUUCCAGGAUUAUGGAAAACAAUAUACUAAUUGUGAGUCGUAGUUAAUUUAUUAUUAUGGUUAUUUAUUAGUCUGCCAAUCCGCACUGGGUCAGCGUGAUGUUUUCGCAAAAUUAAUAAAAGAAAUUCAAUCAAUCAAUCAAAUUUCGAGUAAACAAUAAUGAUGUUUUUAGCCCACUUUGACUGGUUUAUUUUACAUAAAAAUUACA